AAAUGCAUGCAUUGACAGAAGAGAACAGAGCAGAGUCAGCAGACACAACGAACCGACCCAGGUCCUCCAGAGAGCCCCCAAACCCCAAUCGCAGCCCCUCUAUCUCCUCUCCCUCAUUAGGCAAAUUAGGCAAUUGGGUCGGGUCCCACAGUCUGAUGAGAGAUUUCCAAAUCCCUCAGAGACGAAGAUCCACACAUUCCAACAUCAAACCCAGCCCUACGUAUCCUUCUCCCAUCCCCUGAAGCCUUUAGCCUCCUCCCCUUAUACCUCCACUCCUCUAUGUUUUUUCUGCUUCUCUGUCUUUGUUUCUGAACUCAAUAGUUUGAAUUUUUGUUAAUUCUUUCAUCUGGGUACCUCCGGAUUAUUGGUUUUUCUCUUUGGUACAUCUGGGUAGCUCUGGUUUUGAGUAUUUUAUUGAUUCGUCACUGCUUUUUUAAAAGGUUAGGUUUUUUUUUUUUUUUUCUUCAUCUGGGCACCUUUGAUUUCGAUUGAUUUCGCUGUGUGUUGCGGGGAUUUGGAGGCCUCAUUCGGGAUCCGGGUCGGUGCUGUUUUUGGAAUUGGAGGUCUGUCCAUGGGCGCUUUGGAUGAAGGGCAUUUCUGCUCGGAGCUUGAGAACGGAGUGAAGCUGGGUUGCAUAGAGCUGAGUUUCGAGGAAGAACCCGAAACCAUAGCUAUUGAGGAUGCUGUUAAAGUUCUCAUGCAGGGCCUGGGGGAGGAUGUUAACAGAGAAGGUUUGAAGAAGACGCCUUUUCGCGUUGCGAAAGCCCUCCGGGAAGGAACAAGGGGUUACAGACAAAAGGUUAAGGACAUUGUGCAAGGUGCUUUAUUUCCUGAAGCUGGCCUGGACAACACAGUUGGUCAUGCUGGGGGAACUGGUGGACUUGUAGUCGUUCGAGAUCUUGACCUCUUCUCAUACUGUGAAUCUUGUAUGCUACCAUUCCAGGUUAGAUGCCAUGUGGGUUAUGUCCCUUCUGGUCAACGGGUUGUAGGCUUAAGCAAGCUGUCUCGAGUAGCUGAUGUGUUUGCAAAACGUCUCCAAGAUCCCCAGCGUCUAGCAGAUGAAGUGUGUUCAGCUUUACAGCAUGGAAUCAAACCAGCAGGUGUUGCAGUCGUACUCCAAUGUUUUCACGUCCAUUUCCCAAAUCUGGAAUCUGUUUUCCUUGACUCGAACCACCAAGGAUGGGUAGAAUUACUGGUCAGCUCAGGUUCAGGAGUCUUUGAAAAUGAAAAUGCCAAUCUUUGGGCUGACUUUUUGAGCCUGCUGAGAUUCAGAGGCAUAAAUGUGGAGAAAACUCGCAUGAGAGACACAAGCGAUCACCAUUGGUGUCCAUCUCGAUCUUCUGCAGGUGCAAUUGCUACCUCUGAGAUGGAAUCUAUCAAUCCGGGAAUGGUCACUGCAGUAGCUUCAAUCCUUAGAUCGUUGGGUGAAGAUCCAUUAAGGAAGGAGCUUCUGGGAACACCUGCUCGUUUUGUGAAGUGGUUGAUGAGCUUCCAAAAUAGUAACUUUGAUCUGAAGCUGAAUGGCUUCGUUUCUGGUAAUGGAGAUAGCUUGAAGGAAAAGCAUAUCCAUUCUGAGCUGAACUUGUCAUUCUGGUCUCAGUGUGAGCAUCAUCUACUUCCUUUCUAUGGUGUUGUGCAUAUAGGAUAUAUGUGCACAGAAGCAUCCAAACCCAUCGGAAAAUCUCUUUUACAAUCGAUUGUGUGUUUUUACGGUUUCAAGCUCCAAGUACAAGAAAGACUCACGCGACAGAUAGCAGAGACAGUAUCACCACUGUUAGGUGGAGAUGUGAUUGUGGUUGUGGAGGCUAGCCACACCUGUAUGAUCUCUAGAGGGAUCGAGAAGUUCGGAAGUAGUACGGCAACAAUUGCUGUACUGGGUCGAUUUUCAACUGACCCUGCUGCAAGAGCCAAGUUUAUGCAGGGCAUUCCAAACACUGCCGUUUCAGGACGAUGAUCCUAGUUCAUCAACAUAUUUUAUUAAGAUAUCCAUUUUUCUCGAGCAAUUUCUUUGCAAGGCAUUCGGUUUAGCCAUUGUACCCCAGCUUGACCGUGAUAAGUCGAAAGAUCAAGUAAUCUCGGCAGUCUUGCCCAUUUUUCGUGUUGUCGGAAUUCAAUAGAUGACUCCAAAGUUUUGGUCUUUUAUCUUCAACUAUCUGUAGCAUAAGCCCUUGCAAGUUUCCAAGCAUGUCUUUGUUUCAACGACUUUAUUUUCUCAGUGCUUUUUCUUUGUUCCUUUUCUGGAAUACGAAGGAAGAAAUACUGAAAACAAAUAAUGCGUUCGACAGUUUUUUCA